AUGUUCAACAUGUUUUUUAAAUAAUAAACUGAAUUCGAGAAAGCCUUAUCAAAUAGCUCAAUUUUAAAUAAUAAACCCUCAUUGAGUAUUGCAGACUUGAAAUAUCUGAUCUAAGGGUUCCCUUAACAAUCUCAAUCAAUGAGUCGAACCCCUUAAUCAAUAAAGAAGACUUUUUAAACAUUUUUUUAAGCCUUACCGGAAAAGACUUCCUUUCGAGUAAAACUGAAAGUUUUGGCCACUUGCCAUGUCCUAUUAGAAGAUGGUAUACAUGGAUAGUAAUUUUCUGAAUCCCUUCUAAUUUGGAAUGGUUUUCGGAUUAAGUAAAAUAAUAUAAGCAAUAUAGGAUUUUAGAGAUAAAAAUCAAGAUCAGGAGAAAUUCGUUUAAAUGUAUUAGGAAAUGCUAAAAAGAUUCGCUUAUGGAUUUGAUUUACUGAGGAUAGCAAAAUCACAAUAAAUAAAUUCUUUAAAUAGUAUUAUUUAUUUCUAAUUAAAGUAAUUACUAUUGAUUGCACUUAUUAUUACAAGGCUAUUAAUUUAUUAAACCAUAUUUUCAGUUAUUCGUAGGUAUACUAAUUUAGGAUUAUUUUUAGUUUAUUAAUUAUGUUUUUGAGACAGUCUAAGAAUUGAUUGUUGGUGAGAUUUUACUAUUAAUUUGGAAUGAUGUUAUAGCAACAUAUUUAUUUAUUGAAAAGUAAUAAUUUAAGUAAAUUUUUAGAAUCAUAUUUUAAUUCCUUUUAGAUUAUUAAAUCAUCUAAGCAUCAAUUUUCUUUUAAUUAUAUGGCCUUAUUCCAGAAUUUAUUAGAUUAACAUCUUAAAUCUAAAAAUUUUAUGAUUAAAAUAAAAAUUACUUGAUUUUAAAAUAAUUUAAGGCACCUGCAUGGAAAAUAAUUGAUUAAAAGCUGUUGUAAGAUUUAGAAAAAUAUAAUCAACAAUUAAAACUUUAAAAUGCAAAAGAUAGACUGACUAAAAAAUAAUGUUCAAAAGCAUCUUCCUUAAGUACACUUUACUCUACCCCAUAACACUAAACAGCAAAGUCAUUUUUAUUUGGAAACACUACUUUUGGUUAUAUUAAAAGAUUAUCAACCCUAAAUGAUCCUUUUGAUGAUAAUGAAGAGAUGGCAUAAGGUUAUAAAAUUUGA